AUGCUGUCCAAAGUCCCUUCCACAGAAGUUCAGAAACCUCUGCCAACAGCCGCUCCGAGUCACUCGGUGAAGAACUCAAUCUACUCAAGUACGCAGAUAUCAGUCAACAGCGUCGAGUCCUUCGUCUCAGAAAAGGAACCGCAACCACUUCCUUCGAAACGCGGCACACGACCUGUCCGGUACCUUCGGCAUACAUUUUUCACCAUGUACCGAAGACUGUUCUCUGUUGUCUUCAUUGCCAAUGCUGCUGUUCUUGUGGCAUUGUUGGCUCGAAAGUACAAGUCGUCUUCAAACACGCUGAAACUAACAGAUGUUGCAACUGCCACUUCUGCCAACCUCAUGGUUUCUAUCCUGAUGCGGCAAGAGCAUGUCAUCAACUUGCUCUUCGUCAUCUGCGCCGCAGUCCCCAGAUGCGCACCACUGUGGAUCCGAAGAAGAUUCGCCAAGGUCUUCCAUUUCGGUGGUCUGCACAGCAGCUGUGGCACUGCAUCCGUGAUGUGGUUCUUGCUUUUCACCUACACCAUUACUGCGCAGUACUUGACUACUGCCGGCGCGGACGCGGACGCGGCGCAACGGGAUCCGGCAACACUUGCCGUCACAUACUUGAUCAUUGCGCUGCUGGUGGCGAUCUUGAUCUUUGCCAUUCCACGCUUCCGCAUCAAAGCACAUGAUAGCUUUGAGACCGUCCACCGGUUUGCGGGCUGGUCAGUGCUGCUGCUGUUCUGGAUCCACACCAUCAUCAUGACCAAUGCGAGCCGGCGCCAGACGGAGGACAUGUCGUCGCUGGGUCACGCCCUCGUCAUGACACCAACUUUUUGGUUCCUGAUAGUCAUCACCAUCAGCAUUGCGUACCCCUGGCUUCGACUCCGCAAGGUCGCCGUCCGCUCAGAAUACCUUUCCGACCACGCUGUCCGGAUGCACUUCAACUACAAGAUGAUCUUUUGCGCGGGCAUCCGUAUCUCCGACAGCCCUCUCAAGGAGUGGCACGCAUUUGCAACCAUCCCUGAGCCCGACGGGUCCGGCUUCUCGUUGGUCAUGUCUAACGCGGGCGAUUGGACCAACCGACAGAUACAGCGACAGCCGAGUCGGCUGUGGGUACGCGGCGACCCAACUUUCAACGUCUUGCGUUGCACCCCGCUCUUUGAACGCAUAGUGGUCGUCGCCACCGGCUCGGGAAUCGGACCCUGUCUCGCGCUCCAAAAUGCCAAGCCAGGGCAAUGCAGGAUGAUCUGGUCCACCCCGAAUCCGGAGGACACUUAUGGCAAGGCCAUCAUUGAUGCCGUCUACAAUGUCGACCCGCAAGCCAUCAUCAUCAAUACCAGGGCAACUGGUCGCCCAGACCUGGUCGCGCUCGCCUACCGCCUCUACCUCGAAGCCCAAGCCGAGGCCAUCUUUGUCGUGUCCAAUCAAAAAGUCACGCACAAGCUGGUCUAUGGUAUGGAGAGUAGGGGUAUACCAGCCUACGGACCCAUUUGGGAUUCCUAG